CUCAGUGAGUCCGUUUCCUUUUCUCGCAGUGCCACAGGCUUCCUACUGAAACACUUCAUUCCUCUCCAAAACCGACCUCCACAUUUUAGACGGGUCCCUUCAUGGCUGUGAAACUACAAUUCGGCUUGUACUUAAUACAGUUUAUCUGCUCACCAGGCUUGAUACAACUCUUACAUGUCAGACUGUGGACAGCCCCAGCGGGUCCCCGGCAGGCCUCUCUGUUCACCGUGUGAGCAUCAGCUACCACGCCGCGGUUGAGUGGGUCCAGCUCGGCUACAGUGGCAGCAUGGCCCCGGUGCAUCGCUAGCCUGUGCUCUUUAUGGUUAAAAGCACAUUCUAUCGGCGGGAAACCGUUUUAGCUUGGAUGUCACUACUAUCGGAGUCUGGCUGUCAGGAUGAACGGCACUCAGCAGAGUGAUACCAAGAGACAGCACCUCCUGGAGAGACUGCUGGAUGCCGUCAAACAGUGCCAAAUCCGCUUUGGAGGAAGAAAGGAGAUUGCCACAGACUCGGACAGCAGGGUGAUCUGUCUGUGUGCCCAGUUUGAAGCGGUGUUGCAGCAUGGCCUGCGGAAGAGCCGAGGUCUGGCUCUCACCGCCGCUGCUCUGAAGCAGGCUGCAGGCUUCAGCACCAAGACUGAAGGAGAGUUAACUUUCUGGUUCUAUGUGAAGGAGCAUCUGAACCGCCACGAGCUCCAGCGGUUCUACUCCCUACGUCACAUCUCCUCCGAGCUGGGCCGGGGCCGUGCCUGGCUGCGCUGCGCCCUCAACGAGCACUCGCUGGAGCGCUACCUGCACACACUGCUGGCUGACCGCCCACGCCUGGGAACUUACUAUGAAGACUGGGCUUUUAUUCUUGACGAAGAGAGAGCAAGUAUGCUCCCCACCAUGGCUGCAGGUCUGAACUCCAUCCUGUUUGCCAUCAACGUAGACAACACUGACCUGAACGGCGGGGUGACGCGAGGAGGCUCCUCGGUGUCCCACCUCCUCAAGGAGUCCACGCAGGGCAUCGGCAGCCUGUGGAAAGAGUCGACUCAGGGGGUCAGCAGCCUGCUGCGAGAGAUCAGCACCGCCACAGCCGUGGUGCCCGGCUUCACCCCCAGAGUGGACGGGGUCUCAGACCCACUGCCUGUCCUACCACGCAGCAGCUCUGCUGACUCAGGGCUGAGGAAGGAGCGCCGGAGGAAAAAGAAAAUCACCAACAUCAUUUCCUUUGAUGAUGAUCUGGAUGGAGGUGCGGAGGAUGAGGAGGAGGGAGAGGAGGACUCCCAGAAGAUGGGCGCCAUGAGGAAGAGCCACAUUGCUCGCGCUCAGAGCAGUGUGGAGGAAGGAAUAGAUCCUAUGGAGCCGGCAUUCUUCGAGUCGCCAGCCCAGAACGGCCUGGCUGAGCCGGGCAUAGUCAGCUGGGUGGGGUCCCCCCAUCCCUCUCGCACUCCGCCCACUGCUACACCUCCGCUACCUGACAGUAAGAGUAUAGACUACGAGGAUGAGGAGGAAGAGGAGGAGAUGUACAAACCCAGAGCACAAACCCAGGAGGAGGAGAGGAGCAGCUCUGAUCAGGUGGUGGUUGGCAGCCUGUCCAGCGUGUCCACAUGGAGUCCUCAACAGGUGAUGCCCGAACACAGAAGCUCGGACAUCCUCAUUCCUCUGAACCCUGCAGACUCUCAGCCAGCGAGCCCUGUGGAGGACACCGAUGCAUUUCCUGCCCAGUGUGAGUCAACAGGGCCGGUAGCAAACUGUGAGAGCAGCAGAUCGCUACUAACAUUCAAUAUGGAGUCCAGUCCACCGACAACGUCUGCUCCUCUCUCCAGUGUGAUGCCAACAUCUGGUCUACCAGAGUCCAUGACAGUGGUGGAGCUGCGUCAGGCCAUUGUAGCCAUGAUGAACAGGAAGGACGAGCUGGAAGAACAAAACACGUCUCUUCGCAGUCUGCUGGAUGGGGAGAUGGAGCACUCAGCAGGUCUGAGGCAGGAAACCGAUCUGCUGAAGAGGAAGCUGGCAGAGCUGGAGGAGAGACACACAGCCAAGGUCCAGGCACUGGCCAGGGAAAAUGAGGUCCUAAAGGUCCAGUUGAAGAAGUAUGUGGGGGCGGUACAGAUGCUGAAGAGAGAGGGAAGCCAGGGCGAUGAUGCCCUGUCGGUGUUGCGGCCGAGUGAAGAGCAGGCCCCGGUCCCGCAGAAUAAGUUCAUGGGAGACAUCGAGGAGAUGGCCGCCAGCUAUGAACGCAAACUUAUAGAGGUAGCCGAGAUGCACGGCGAGUUGAUAGAGUUUAAUGAGCGCCUGUACCGUUCCCUCAUAGCCAAAGACCACCUCAUUGUCCAAAUGAGACAGGAACUCAUUGACCUGAGAGGCCCGGUUCCAGGUGAUUUAAGCCAGACGUCAGAUGACCCCAGCCUGUCAGAUUUUGAGACGGCUCAUCGCGCGCUCAUCAACGUGUGGAUCCCCUCUGUGUUCCUGCAGGGCCGAGCUGCUAACGCCUACAAUGUCUACCAGGUCUACAUCCGUAUCCUGGACAACGAAUGGAAUGUGUACAGGCGUUACGCUGAGUUCAGGGAGCUUCACAACCACCUCAAGUCCCAGUUCCCACAGGUGGACACCUUCAGCUUCCCACCCAAGAAAGCCAUAGGGAACAAGGAUGCCAAGUUUGUGGAGGAGAGGAGGAAGCAGCUGCAGGGCUACCUUCGCAUGGUGAUGAACAAACUGAUCCAGACGCUGCCGGAGUUUACAGCCCGCCCCACCAAAGAGACGCUGCUGUCUCUGCUGCCUUUCUGCCUAGACACACCCCAGGCCAACGAUGGCGGAGCCAAGACGCCCCGGUCCAAAACGUCAUCCCGCUUCCCCAGACUGGGCCGCAGCCGCAACCAGGAAGCCAGACCUGAACCCCAGAGUGGUGACCUUUAACCCCCCCAGAGCUGACCUAAUAAUCUCUCCCUGUACAGGCUGAGGACGACGAUGUUUUCUGUGUCCCGCCUGGACUGUGACAUACAGGCUCACAGUGUGAGGACAUUGAGGACGUUUAACGGACCUUCAAAGCCUUACAGAUAAAAGUUCUUAGCCGAGUAAAGGAGAUGGAUGCGUUCACAUCGCAGGACUCUCUAGGAGAUAUGUAAAUGUUUCUGUGGAUCGUCUGGCUGAGUAAAGGAGAAACGACUCCCCAGAGGCUGCGUAUCGACGGAUCCAAUCAUACAGUACCUUUUACCUCAAUGACAGACACAAAGACUCUCUGUAAACUGCACAUGAACUAGCCUGGACUGCUCUCUCUAAUCUAAAACACAAUGAGAAGAUGGAGACUUUUUUUUCUGCUCAGUUUUGUAGUGAAGGUGUAUAAUGGUCACAGUGCCUACAGUGUUUUGUAGCUGCUUUCCUGCUCCGGGUAGGUAGGGAAGGGUGUGCAGAAAGGUGGAGAGGGGGCCUUAUUGUCAGCCUUAUAGUGCCAUUACAUUUAAGACGACAAUGAUUCACUCUCUUUGGCUUGGGCUAUUAAGCAAUGGGCAUUCCUUUUUCCUACUUUAUCUUAUUAUUAUUAUUAUUAUUAUUAUUAUCAUCAUUAUUAUUAUUAUCAUGGCUAUAACAGAUAACUUGCAGAAGUGUAACAUAUCUAAAGGCCACCAGUGAUCCAGUAAUUUUUAAAAACAUCUUAAAUUCCCAAUAAUGAUCAUAUUAAUGGUUUAUGGCUAAGCACCACUGGUAAAACCAAACUCUCUUUGGGACUAUGGAAAUGAUAUUGGUGGGAAGUUGAAUCUUUUUGAUACCACCGCAUUAGUAAAUACCAUGGACGACUCUUAUAGACUUGGGGAAAAAAAUGCAACUGCAACACCCUUCCCCUAUCAUAAAAAGAAGAAUUGAAACCUUAUAUAUAUAUAUAUAUAUAUAUAUAUAUAUAUAUAUAUAUAUAUAUAUAUAUAUGGUUUUAUUUAUACCAUAAUAUAAUAGCAAAAUAAUAAUGUUCCCAAAGCCACUAAUGCGCACAUAAUAAGUGGAAUUAGACAUUUCCAAAUGAAGGCAAACACAACAGAAUUCUAGCCUCGCUAUUAUAGACCUAGAGAUACUAAAUAAAAGGUUAAACUAGAAUUAUAAUAUAGGCCAACAUUAUAUGAAACCGCAGACUUAAGUGACAGUGGAAAAUGACAGUUGGUGGAGAAAACAUGAACUCACCAGUAUCAAUAAAGAUCCACAUGGUUUUGGGCUUGACAUAUUGGUCCUCUUAGUAACAGAAGGAAUGUUUUUCCUUGCAUACGGGGAAGCGCAUCUUUAAGAACCACUUUGUACACCAUCACUUUCUAUUCCCCCACCCCUCACCCUCUAAUCCUUUUUGGACCGUCCCUUAUUGAGAAAGUCCACAAAUAAGCAUACCUUCUUGCUGUUUCAUCUCAAAAGUAUCUUUCCUCAUCUCCACGUGUCUAAAAUCAGUUUCACCUACUGUGAUAUAUGAUAUGACACAUUUGUGUCAGAAAUAUUUCUAAAAAGAAAGGAAGGGAAACACUAUUUUACCAUUAAAACAGAAGGGUAAGCUGUGUUUCUGGAGGUUUACCCUCAACCCCGCUAUACAACGCCACUAUAUAACAUACUUAUAAGGGUCUUUAUCAAAGGUUGGGCUGGCUAUACUAAAAAAAUCUAAAGAUUGUUUAACUAAUGUGUCAGGAUUUAAUGCAGCGUUAUGUUGCAAAUAAUUGUUUUAAUGAGGACUAAACACUUGAAGAAAAGCUGCUUGUUAGAAGUCUAGGAAAGGUGUGUACAGCUGAAGCUCAUGCAUAUGUAUGGAUUAGCCGAGAGUAGUCAGAGACUACGCUCAAACGAGUGAUUGUGUUUGAAGGGUGUUGGAAAACUUGAAUCAAAGGGUCGGCUCCCAGAAUGGUAAACACUGUUCAUCGUGUAUGAGGGGAGGUGAACAAACAAGGCUUGUGGGUUUUAAUUACGUUGUUAUUCUCACACAAAAGUGACCCUCACAAGUAUUCAUCUACUGGUAAACACUGUGCAAUGUUGUUAGGAAACUCUCACAGGGAUGCCGACUUCCCUAUAAAAAAAAAUAAGGAAAGAAAAAUGAGACAUAAUAUAAAAACCUUUUAAAGAAAUUAUUUCACACAUGGAUAUACUUUUUUCCCUUAAUCCAACAAAAGGCACUGCUGCUGUUGCAUCCCAUCAAGAACAUGCAAAGUAGCUUAAAUACAGAUUACUGAAAGACUAUUCUCUUCUGUGAGUUGGUGAUAUUUUAAAUGUAGCGCUGCCUUAAACGCACUAGAAAAGUCAGCUCCCAGCAUCAUGCUAUAUGUGACAAUGUUGUUUGACAGCAGGUACAGAAUAGUCUCUUUAUUAUAACAAGUAGCCUUUUCAUAGACAUCUCUUUUGUCUUUGGGACCGCUGGUGGGUCUAACUUCUCUGCACAAAUAUCCAUACUGUCUGUGUGGCAAUGCACAGCAAGUAUACACAGGAUCAUUCACAGAAAGCUGUACCACAGGUUUAGCAUUGCACUCCUAUAACCCUGUCACACUCACAAUGGGGAGUUUAAAAAAAAGGAUCAAAAUCAAUGCAGCAGAUAUAUCUAUUUUUUAAUUCCAAGCAUUUAAUCUUCCUUGCCAAAGGAUCAUCACUUACAGUGCAACUCAAGCAUCAACUGUUUUGUCAGAGAUGUGGGUGUGCUAUGCUAGUAGUGGCUAAUGUAGCCUCUAGCUGCUAGCCUUUGAGCAGAGAUAAGAUGCGGGCUGGAGGUCUGUUAGCUCUGCUGCACACCUCCAGUCUUAAGCCACAACUGAUGCUGACUCAAGUGACAUCACUUGAGGUAAUUUAUCCGACUUCACACAGCUCCUGCUCGAGCCAAAAAAAGCCUUCAUACAACAUUUAUUUUCACAUAUGCAGUAGCACUUCCCAACAACUUUAAACCGACGUUUUGUGUAAAAUCGGUGGAAUGCCCCUUUAACCCUCCUGUUGUCUUCGGGUCAAAUUUGACCUCUUUCCAAAAAAGAUCUAUAUCAGAAAUGUGGGUUUCUUUCAAACAAAUUUUCCAAAAGUAACGUGGGUGGUUCUCAUCAAUGCUCCUUGCAGGAUAAAAAAAUAAAUAAUCAGUUCACUCCUUUCAUUGAAUUUGUUUUUUUUCUUCAAUUUUAUAGCAUUUGGAGAAAAAACAACUGGUAAAAGAACUUUAAAAAAAGAGAGACAAAUGUCAAUAAAAGUGACUAAAAUGUGAACAAAUGUCAAAUAAAGUGUCAAAAAUGUGAAAAGAUGUAAAAGAAAAAGUGAAAAAUUAAAAAAAAAGAAUGUGAAAAAAAAACCAAAAAUUCAAAAGGCUCAGAAAAGGUAGAAAAACGUUGAAAAAGUGACAAAAUCAUUGGGGGAAAGCCACAAAAGGAUCGAAAAAGACGACCAUAACCUUGAUAAAAGGUUUUUCAUUUUAAAUUUUGACUCAGAAAAACAAAACAUUUCCAGGUGGUAAGAAACCCUGAAGGCAACUUAAAGGUACCCUUUUUGAGUUGUAGUGCUAUGAAGCACUGUUUAAAUGUGUGGGUCACCACGGUGAUUGUCAACUGUCUAUCUGCUGACUGAUCUGUUGGUGGUGGUCACGCAUGAAGAAGAGCUGCAGUGUGCAAACAAUGGCGGUGAAGAAAGGGACUGCUACAGCAAACAUGGAUGUAAACAAUGCUGGAUUUAAAAUACUCAAAAAUGCCACUUGAAAAUGUUUUAUGAGGAUGAAAAUGUAUUCACAUUCAUUAUAUUUCAGUGUGUUUCGGUGAGUAACACUGAAUUUGAAAUGAACUUUUGUUAAUUUAAAGGAAAACUCCACAGGCUACCCUUUAAACCUGAAACUUCUCGUUCCAGAAGGAAUCUCAUCUCGUGCACUCGCUUAGCAUUUAUUAAAAACUAGUUUGAAUCAUGAUUGUUUUACUAAAAGUCCCAAUGGGAUCUAUUCUAUGGCUUGAAGCUGUGAAUGCUAAAAGAAAAUCCCAGGUGCUGUUGAGAAUACACAAGCCCGAGCCUUUUAUUGACGGCAGCAAGAAA